AUGGCACCACAUGAGUUCUUUGACACCAACUUCUUGCCAUUCCCCGAGCGCAACAGGAAGCCAUCCGUGGAUGAGCAAUUCGCUCACUUCGUGGAAAUGAUCCAGAAGAUCCACAUCAAUUUUCCACUGCUAGAGGCAAUGCAGGUACCCAUGUAUGCACGAUAUCUCAAGGACAUCCUCAGCAACAAGCGACCAAUGCCCACUGUGGAGGUGGUGAAGCUUAUGGAGGAGUGCAGCGCAGCUAUACUCAACCGGCUUCCUGAGAAGAAGAAAGAUCUGGGGUGUCCCAAGAUCACUUGUAUGACCAGUACACAUCGCUUCGACCAUGCCCUCUACGGCCUUGGAGCCUGCGUUAGCAUCAUGCCCAAGGAUAGCUUCAUCCUCGCCGACUUCGUGGUUCUUGAUAUGGACAUCGAUAAGGAAUCGUCGCUCAUCCUUGGGCGCCCGUUUGUUAGCACUGCGGAUGCACGCAUUGAUGUGGGGUCCAGAGUAAUCUGA